AUGGCUUUCCUCCCUGGAAACUCCUCCGACUGCUCCAACUGCACCCACUCUGUGGGGCCCGUGAACAUCCCAAAGGCCAUUUUGCUGGGUGUUAUUCUAGGGGGGCUGAUUAUUUUUGGGGUGUUGGGUAACAUUCUGGUUAUCCUCUCCGUAGCCUGUCACAGACACCUCCAGAGCGUGACCCACUAUUACAUCAUUAACCUGGCUGUAGCUGACCUCCUCCUGACUUCCACUGUCCUGCCCUUCUCGGCUACUAUGGAGAUUUUGGGCUACUGGGCCUUUGGGAGGAUCUUCUGCAACAUUUGGGCAGCAGUUGACGUGCUUUGCUGCACUGCUUCCAUCAUGAGCCUCUGUAUCAUCUCCAUCGACAGGUACAUCGGGGUGAGCUACCCCCUGAGGUACCCCAGCAUCGUGACAGAGAAGAGGGGACUGCUGGCACUGCUCUGUGUCUGGGCACUGUCUCUGGUGAUCUCCAUUGGGCCUCUCUUUGGCUGGAAGGAACCAGCACCAGAAGACGAGACCAUCUGCCAAAUCACCGAGGAGCCUGGCUACGUCCUGUUCUCUGCUCUGGGCUCCUUCUACCUCCCCCUGACUAUUAUCUUGGUGAUGUACUGCAGGGUGUACGUGGUGGCCAAAAGGGAAAACAAAGGGCUGACUUCUGGGAUGAAGACAGAGAAAUCUGACUCGGAAGAAGUGACCCUACGGAUCCAUCGGAAAAACGCUCCCGAAACAAGUGGCUCCACGUCCAACCCCAAGAGCAAACAUCACUUCUCAGUGCGUCUCCUCAAGUUCUCCAGGGAAAAGAAAGCUGCCAAGACCCUGGGAAUAGUUGUGGGCUGCUUUGUUCUCUGCUGGCUACCAUUUUUUGUAGUAAUGCCUCUUGGUUCUUUCUUUCCUGCAAUCAAACCCCCGGACACACUUUUUAAAAUAACAUUUUGGCUUGGAUAUUUAAACAGCUGCAUCAACCCCAUCAUCUAUCCCUGCUCGAGUCAGGAGUUCAAGAAAGCAUUCCAAAACGUCCUGAAGGCUCAGUGCCUCCCGAGGAAGCAAGCAGCAAAGAAGCAAGUCCCAAGCUUCAACCUCAACCAUCCCAGCAGCCAAAGCCUGGAGAGUGGCAGGGGAGUGGUGAGGAUCCCUGUUGGCUCAGGGGAGACCUUCUACAACAUCUCCAAGUCGGACGGGGUGUGCGAGUGGAAGAUAUUCUCCGCGGUGCAGAGCGUGCCAGCCAAAACUGCUGUCUCUAAAGACUGCACUGCUGCCAAAGCUAAAAGUAAGGAAUGCUGCUGUGCAGGCACUGCAGGGAACCUUGGCCACGAAAGCUGUAAAGGGCCAAGCACUAAGAUCCACACCAUCUCUGUGGGUGAGAGCGGGGAGGACGUGUAA